GGGACUGGUUACCAUGGUAACCGGAGUCGCAGUUUGUCGGCAAACUGAGAGAAGACGUGCGCGUUUCCCCCACGUUUGGAUUAAUGUUCUGCAUAUAUAGCUCUAUGUCAGAAGAGGCGCCAGAUCUCAUUAUAGAAUUGUGAGCUACCAUGUGGUUGCUGGGAUUUGAACUCAGGACCUCUAAAAGAGCAGUCAGUGCUCCUAACCGCUGAGCCAUCUCUCCAGCCCCCUCAUCUUUAUUUUGAGUAUAUACACUGCUUGCUCAAGGCAACAUAGAUGUCUGAAGUUUGCAAGAACGUUCCAAAGGCCUGUCUCAUCACCAUCAUGACGGUGUCCUCAAAGGGUCUUCUUACCCACAUUUCCCAGUUCUGGAAUAUGCUCGAUGAUUUGGCUGAAAAUGACCCCGAGCGCUACCGGAACUUCAUUCAGCAGGAGUUGAAAGAUGGCAAACAGCUCUGUGUCAACCCAGAACCUCAACUCUGCAUACAGACCAAGAUCCUAAAACCAAACGAAAAAGUACUUUUUAUCAACCUAUGUCAAUGGGAAAGGAUUCCCGCUCCGCAGUCAGCCACUCGUCCUGUGCCUGUAAGUGUUGGCAGACCAGAAGACUCCGCUGAGGCAUCAGAUGCUUAUACCAUCAUUGAUGUUGCCUACAAUCCUGGUGUUCUGCAAGCGGCAGAAAAAGACCAAGGGAUCAAAGAUCAGUUAAUAAGAAUGGCCAUGCUGUGCAUCGAGGAGCGACUCCAGUUCACACUUGCACAUUCCUACCAUUUAACUAGUUUUAGACUGAAAGGAAGCAUCCAGAGAAUGAAAGAAAGUCUGAUGGGCAUUAAAACUGACUUCCCAGACCUAAAAGCGAUGACGAGAACAGAAAAUACUCUUGCGAGGAUCAGAAGCAGCACUGUGAGUGAACCUAAUCACCUUCCUGAGGUGCUAUUGACAAAAAAGCAAGCGUCGGCCAAAGGACGAUGUCUUAUAGAAGAGAUUUCUAGUUCGGAAAUCCAGGUGGAGGUUAAGAAACCUGCGUACGAAUUAAAGGUUGUAAAGGAUCGGAACGAGAAACCUCUGAAAAUUGAGCUGAAAGUCGAGUUACCCGGGAUUAAGUCAGUCUCUCUCUGUGAACUUAGUGUUUCUGAGGUUGAUAUAUUGAUUGAGGUCUCUGAGAUGUACCGAUUAUGCCUGAAUCUUCCAGAAUCGAUUAAUACAGAAAUGACUACAGCAAAAUUUGUCAAAAAUAAAUCUGCAUUAAUCAUUACAAUGCCCCUGGCAUAAAAACAA